CCACCACCUGGGGGCGCCAGCAGCAGCCUGCCGGUUAACAGAAACAGGAAACUAUUUUGUUUAUCCGUGGCUACAUCCUGUUGGUCACAGCUCUUCUGUGUUUUCCAUCUGCUUUGGAGCUAUUCCUACUAAAAAACUGUCUUUAUUUUGUCUCUGCCGCUUACUAAUAUUCAACAAACGUUGUGGCUUAAAGCGUUCAGGAGAGUUUUACUUUGAACCAUCUGUCUGGAAGUCCCGGAUUUUGUUCUGGCGGGCUGAUCCGUCUCUGCUUCAGUGUUAGCUUGUACUGUUAGCCUGCUGUUCCGUGAACAGCAAUGACCGUUGACCGAGCUUUUCUUUCUGCGUAUUUCGACUGUUGACUAAAGAUUAAAACCGGAGCCUCAUCCGUUUAUUAUGGCGAGUGAAAACACUGAGACCAACGCGGGGAACGAUGAGGAAACUGGCCCUUCAUCUGAGCCAAACGAGCACGACUAUGCUCACACCGCGGCCAAUAACUUUACUUCCACGGAGGCGUCAUCCUCCUUCGGUACACCGGCGGCUGACGGCGGAGUCGCCGCGCAGGAAAGCUUUACUGCACCGGCUGAACCCGAGCAGAGUGCUCCGGAGCAGCCCGCUCUGCCGGUAGAACUUCCCGAACCAGCCGUGGGUGCGGAGGUGGACUGCCCCGGUGGAAAUGAUGUGGAAGCGUCCGGUCCGCCGCCGCCGCCGCCGCCUCCGCAGACCGAAGAGGACUCCCAAAAGACAGCAGCCUCUGAAUUUGCCACUGCCGCCUCCCCCGGUAUACAGCGAGGUGGCCGCCGGCGUACCGGGCGGCCGGAGGACAAGAACUGCUCCUGCUGCAAGUGUGAGUUUGCGCGGCAUGGCCGCAGCUUCAACCGGAGGGCGGUGUACACCUUCACCACCCCGGAGACCGUGCAGUGGGCCUUCCCGGACGCUGCGGUACACGACAAGUCCUUCCUGUGCGAGACCUGCGCGCAGGUCAUCAGGAGCAAAUGCAAGCGCAAACAGAGCGGGAAGCGGUCUCUGUGGCUGAAACCGCCUGCUACAAAACAGUCAGAGGUGAGAGACAAGAAGAAGAAAGGUCGCAGGAUGGGGAAGAAGAGCAAAGCGGCGAUGCUGGUGAGCAAGUCCUGUUACAAGGCCGCUUUCAAAAUGCUCUGGUCCGCCAAAGGCGCCCGGAAACCCAUGAUGGAGUUCUGGAGCAAACAGCUGAAAGAGGAGAUGAAGGCGCUGACGAGGCAGACAGACAAUCCCUUCCAUCAGAAGGUGUCGAGCAGGAAGCCACUGUCGUCCUUCCCCUGGCGGCGCUGUCUAAACUGGGCCCAGGACAAAGCUCCACUCGUCACCACCUGCCUCACCUCACUGUUCCCUGACAUCAGCGCCCUCUCCAAGAGCAGCCACCAGCUGUCGGAGGAGCAGGCCCAGAUGCUGCUGGAGCGCCGGGCCGUGGUGGCGCUCUCCAUUCCGCUCUUCACCAGGAACAUCUGGAAGAACAACUUCCUGCAGGCCGCUCUGGGGCAGAACUCCGCCUGCAGGGCUGCUCUGGCUCCGCUCUUGACGCCCUCAACACCAUGGGACUGUGUCAGAACAAAGACACCGUCAGGUUACUGCUGCACAGGCUUCGAAACGGCAAGAAGACUCCAACACAGAACGGACGACAGAGGGUUAAGAUAAAACAAGAGCAGAUGAAAGGAGAACAGAUGACAGAUUUGGAGGAAGAGGAUAUAGAGGAGGAGGAGGAGGAGGAGGAGGAGAAGAAGAAGAAGAGGAGGAGGAGGAAGAAGAAGAAGAAGAGGAGGAAGAAGAAGAAGAGGAUGAAAUGGAGAUGGCGGUAGAGGAGGUAGAAGUGGAAGUGGAAGAAGAAGAGGAAGAAGUGCAGGAUGGAUUGCAAGAGGAAGUAGAGGAGGAUCAAGCAACGGAGGAAAAGGCAGAGAUGGAAAAGAAGAGGAGGAAGAAGAAAGCGAAGAAACAGAGGAAGGAGGAGAAGAGGAAGGAGAGAGGGAAACGAAAGGUGAAGGAGAGAGAGGAGGAGGAGGAGGAUGAUGAGGAUGAUGAAGGGUCAGAGCAGAAGAAGAGGCGGGUGGUGGUGGUGAGACUCGGCCUGCUGAAGGGACACUCAGAAGUUGGACUAUCUGACCUAUCAGCUCCCUAAGAGUCUAUAGGCUCCGCCCAAGAACUUAACAGGCCCCACCUCCAAUUAGAGAGCAGGACAGAGGACACACCCUCUUCUCUGGGGGGGUGUUGAAAGGCAUUCUGGGAAUUGUAGGAGGUUGGUAACUGGAGGGGAAACUGUGAGCUUUACUUUUCGUUUUUGUGACGGUAAAAAAAAAAAUCCGUUUGAGCCAGAAAAGCCUCUAAAACACAAAACUGCUCCACUGAGACUAACAAUAAAACAUCCACAGCUACUACUAUGUAGUUCUGUACAAAUUGUAGGGAAAUGUGUUGAAGUACUAGGUCCAAUUGGGGAUGGAAGUUAUCAGGAGAUAAAAAAAGCCUUUUACUCUUUAACCCUAAUCUAUUACAAGUGACUGCAGUUUGGUUCAUCUGACAAAAAGUAAAGUUUAUAGACUCACAGGAGCAGAAAAUGGUUUGACAGUGUGGAUGUUUCUGUUUGUAGACUGGAGCUGUGCAUUUGUUUGUUUUAAACGGCUUCUGUGAGCCGAGUGGAUGCACAACUGAGAAAAGGACCUGGAAUUUAUCAGCUUUUUUUUUUUUUUUUUUUUUUUGUCUUUGUUAAUUGUUUGUCGGCCGUAGUGAACCCAACAGAACAGGGUCAAGGCUUCAGUAUGCUUGUUUGAAGCAUGUUGAGGCCUUUAUGCCGUGUUCAGGUCAUGUGCGAGCGUUCACAUUAUCUGAAAACUCAAGGUGGUUGUAUGAUUAUAGAGUUGGUCACUUGAGGGUUAAAAAUACUUUGACCAUAAUGUACUACAACCAUUAAAUAAGCAUUUAAAAAGACUGGCUAACGAUAAGUGUCCAUAUAUCUUUGGUUUCUAGGCAUUUACAGAUUAAGCUUUCAGAAAAAUCUGUAUUCUAGCCAUAAUUCCAAUUGUUUACUUGAACAUCUGGUAAUUACGGUAACUCGGACAUGACAUGAACACAGCAUUAGAGCCAUGUUUAUAAAAACAAAAAGACGAUAAAUUUAUGAACUGAAUGGAAAAACGUCAAAAAGUUAUUAGAAUUCAAAAACUUGAUCUCAGAAAAAUGUUUUGGUAAUCUUUUGUAGUCUAUAAUUUUGGAACAAUUUCCUAAUAAUUUCAAAGAAAGGACUAUGUAAUGUGGUACUAAUUAUAGUGAAAAUAGAGACUGUUCAAUUGGUACACUUCCAAUUAUUGCUAAACUGUAAUAGUAGUUUAGUAUUUUAGUCAACGCACAGCAGGUUAUCUGAACAUGAAAUGAUGUGAAAUUUGCCUACAGACAUAGAGAAUGAAGUUUCCAAUUGUUGACUAUAAUUAGUACCAGAUUACAUCGUAUUAGCACCCAUAAAAUAAAGUGAAUAAUUAAUUUCACCAUUUGUAAAAACUUUUCUCUCCUGAUCAGAAAAUGAUGAAAUGAAAGUUUCUGAACCAGGAGACACUGUAAUAUAGUUUGAUUUGUAAUGAGGGUUUGUUCUUUUCGUUUCUCAAAGCUUCUUUAGAAAAUGUUUAUAUUUUCAUGUGUUUGAGUUGAGGAGGACGAUGACAGAUGUGUUGUCAGACUGUUGGUCUCAGAUCUGAUGUAUGUGUGUUCAGCGAGUCUGAUGCAGAUCAUCAGAUCCCGGCUGGUUACUGUAAAAGUUUGCCAAUAAAAAUGUUUAAGGCUUCA